AUGGUUUUCCAUCUUUUCGGACUCCGGGCCCUGGAGGUCUGGUUGUACAGUCGACUCAUCAGAAGUCCCAUUUUCCAUCAAAUGGUCGGUCGCGUUCAUCGGCGCGUGGAGCAGAUCCGUCAUGGUAUCCCACCGGAAGAGUCGCGCACAAAGCUCGAAGGCAGCGGAUCCCUGGACAAGUUUGUGCGGUAUUUCAAGGAAGAGAUUCAGGACCAGAUGAAGGGCAAACCUCGUAACAAACUGUGA